CAACCCUAAACACAGAUUGGAAAUUUCUUCUUUUAUUUUCCCCAAUUCUGUUUCCACACUAUAAAUACGUUUCUUCUUUUCUCUUCCAACCGCAACCCUUUUCCUCUCCAUAGCAUAUGUCUCAGAGAGCCAACGUUCCACACUUCGCAUCCAUCGCCUUCGGCCUCCAUUCUCAUCUCCUGGUUUCCAGUGAGAUGAGCUCAACUUCCAAUUGGUCUUCCUGAACCAUUGAAUCGAGUCUCUGCUCUGUUUUUUCCUUUUCUUUUAUUGUUUUCUCUCAGAAAUUUGAUUAAUUUUCCAGAUCUCGAUUCCCAUUCUUGAUUUUCCGAUAUGGGUAUCAAAGGAUUCGUUGAGGGAGGAAUUGCAUCCAUUGUUGCCGGCUGCUCGACCCACCCCAUGGAUCUCAUCAAGGUCCGAAUGCAGCUCCAGGGCGAACCCGCCCCGGUUGUCCAGAACCUCCGCCCGGCGCUGGCUUUUCCCUCCUCCGCCGCCCAUUCGGGUCACAUUCAUUUACCAUCUCCGCCGCCGCGGGUGGGACCCGUUGCGGUGGGUGUGCGUAUUGUUCAACAGGAAGGCGUCGCCGCUCUGUUUUCCGGCGUUUCCGCCACCGUUCUCCGCCAGACGCUCUAUUCGACAACCCGGAUGGGGCUGUACGACAUGUUGAAGAGAAAGUGGAGCGACCCGAACACGAACAACAUUCCUCUGGUGAAGAAGAUAGGGGCGGGGCUGAUUGCCGGUGGGGUCGGUGCUGCCGUCGGGAACCCGGCGGACGUGGCGAUGGUGAGAAUGCAAGCCGACGGCCGUCUCCCGGCCGGUCAGAGGCGGAACUAUAAGAGCGUCGUCGACGCCAUUUCACAGAUGGCCAAGAACGAGGGGGUCACUAGCCUGUGGCGCGGCUCGUCGCUUACCGUGAACCGCGCCAUGCUCGUGACGGCGUCGCAGCUCGCGUCGUACGACCAGAUAAAGGAGACAAUCGUGGAAAAGGGAAUAUUGAAAGACGGGCUGGGAACGCACGUCACGGCGAGCUUCGCCGCCGGGUUCGUGGCGGCGGUGGCGUCGAAUCCGGUGGACGUGCUGAAGACGCGGAUGAUGAACAUGAAGGUGGAGGCGGGGAAGGCGCCGCCGUACGCCGGCGCGCUUGACUGUGCGGUGAAGACCAUCAAAGCAGAGGGACCCAUGGCUCUGUACAAGGGAUUCAUUCCCACCAUUUCAAGGCAAGGACCAUUCACUGUGGUGCUCUUUGUCACACUGGAACAGGUCCGGCAAUUGCUCAAGGAUUUCUAAUUAAUUGACGAUGAUGACGAAAAAACUAGUCAAUACACUAUAACCUACCUAGUAUUAUAGAGUUUUAUAAUUAAUUAUUCUUAAAUUGCGCCACACUGUUUUCCAUCUAUACAAUGUAUAACGUGUGUGUGCUAACUAAGAUCGUGCAUUGUGGUACUGAGUUGUAUUACGGAAUAUUAUUAAUAUUAUUUAAAUUAUAUUAUUUCUAUUUUUUUUUUAUUCUCAUUCAAUGUCUUAUUAAUCCAAUUUAUGUUUUCCAAUGGUUUACUACUAAAAUGUAGGAUGGUUUUUAUGCGAGUAAAGGGUCAGAUAAGUCUUUAUAUGUGAGGUUCUAUGCAGUUGUUUUCAAGAACUUCAUUUGAAUACCUUCUCGAUUGAAGUUUUAACUAAAAAAAAUUCAUCAAAAAAUUCCACCGGAAACUGCCUCAAAAUGGCAAUGGCCGGAGAGAACCUCCUAAAUAAGGACUUAUUUGAUCCAUUUUGUGCAACUUCUAUGACUAAUUUGACCCUUUUCUCGUUUUUAUGCUAACCGAUUCGAUGUUAUCAAAUUUCUGUGGGAAAACUGUCAAAUAGGUCCUCGAACUUUCAUAAAAAAGUCAAUUAAGUCCUUCUAUAGGAGACUCUGUCCGGUCGUCGCGAUUUGGAGCGGUUCCCGGCGGAAUUUUUUUAUGAAAUUUUUUGAGCAUCUUAUUCAUCAAGUCUAGUUUAUUCAUAUCAAAUUUCAGCUAAAAAUUUAAUCGAGAGCGCAUUCAAAUUAAUUCGAGAACACAAAAAUGCGCAGUUAUCUUCAAGAAUUAAUUUGAAUGUGUUCCCGAUUGAAUUUUUAGCUGAAAUUUAGUAUGAGUAAACUAGACUUGGUGAAUAAGAUGCUCAAAAAAUUUCAUCAAAAAAUUCCACCGGAAAAUGCCCCAAAUCGCGACGGCCGGACAAAACCCCCUAUAGAAGGACUUAAUUGACCUUUUUAUGAAAGUUCGAGGACCUAUUUGACAGUUUUCCCAAUUUCUGUGGAGAUGGACCGUUAUUGGGGUAAUUCAGGUUAGAAAAGCAUCAAAGGUAUUAAACUACUACGGUAUUUUUUUGUUUUGGAAGAUGUUCGGGUUCGGUAUCAUCAUACGCAUGCAUGAGGGACUACGUAACGCAUGCAUGCCCAUUAAGUUUGGAGUCUUAUGUAUUUUAAUCAUUGUUUAUUAAUUUAUUUUAAUUUGUACAUCCUUAUCUCUUGUACUUAGCCG